AUGGAGCUCACUCGUAGGCGGUCUCGUCUUGGUGACUUGGCAGAUAAUUUGAAACUAGAUGUGAGAGCUCAUCAGAGAACGUACGAGGGAGCAUAUACAAGGACGGCCAUAUCGUGUCUCUCGUUUUCCAUUGUCAUGAUCAAACUCUUCUCCUCGGAGUUUCUUCCCAUUGGCACUGUCUAUACUGUCUAUGGCUGCUUGCUAUAUUUCAUUGGUGUGUUCAAAGCUGCUACCGUGGACACUUACUAUGAUGCAGAGAAUGAUAUGGAGGAGUUCAAGACCGCCGGCGAUCUGGUUCUUCUUCUCACAGGCAUAAGUCUUGCCUCGUAUGUAGCCAUGCUUGUGUUGGUACUUAGACUCUAA